AUGAACACAGUAAUUGGGCGACGAAGCGCAUACGUGUGUCGGAGCUGUACCCGAAGUUUCCAGAAACAGCUGCGGCGAACCUACGCUAGCACGUCCGCGCAACCAGACAUUUACGAUGUGGUCUGCGUCGGUGGAGGGCCCGCGGGGCUCAGUCUCUUGACAGCGUUGCGCGCAAAUCCCGUCACGGCGCAUCUCCGAAUCGCCCUCGUCGAAGCCCAGGACCUAGCCAAGACCAGAUCGUGGAAGCUCCCCGCAAACAAAUUUUCCAACCGAUGCAGCUCCCUUACGCCGUCGUCCGUUUCAUUUCUCGACCAGAUCGGGGCAUGGUCACAUUUGGAGCGAGACAGGGUCCAGGCAUACCAGGAGAUGCAGGUGUGGGAUGGCGUGACCGGAGCGCGGAUCGAGUUUGACUGGGCCCAAAGCUCUACACCUGCUGCGGGGACGACAAUCGCCUACAUGAACGAGAACUUGAACCUCACAUCCGGCUUGUUGAAGAGGAUAGAUGAGCUGGGCGGCGUGUCUGUGUUUGACAAAGCAAAGGUCGAGAGGAUAGCGUACGGGGAGGAGACGGAGGAGGUGGAUCUACGAGAAUGGCCGGUUAUUCACCUAUCUGCCCAGUGCGGUCGUUCGCUGGCAUCGAAGCUCGCGGUUGGGACUACAACCGUCAUGGCGUCGUCGCCACACUUGAGAUGGAAGGGGAGGGAUGGGGGAGGAGACCACCUCAAGACCGCUUACCAACGCUUCCUCCCCACUGGGCCAGUGGCCAUGUUGCCCCUUCCAGGGAAUUACUCCACCCUUGUGUGGUCGACGACCCCCGCCAAUGCCUCUCGGCUCAAGAGCCUAUCGGCCAAGGAUUUCAUUGCCACGGUGAACGCCGCCUUCCGGCUGAGUCCGACAGACCUCGAGUACAUGCAUACGCAAGAGUCGGGGCAGGCCGAGGAGUAUUCCUGGAGACUGGAACACACUCCCGUCGACCAUCGAGCCAUUCCCCAAGUGGCCGUGGGAGUCCAGGAAGGCACCGUCGCUUCGUUCCCUCUGAAGCUGCGGCACGCAGAUACUUACAUCGCGGAGCGGGUGGCUCUAGUUGGGGACGCCGCUCACACCAUUCACCCCCUCGCAGGGCAAGGCCUGAAUCAGGGGCAGGGUGACGUGCAAAGCCUAGCCAAGGCCAUAGAGUACGCCGUCAGGCACGGGCAGGAUAUCGGCGUCACAAUGUCACUAGAGCCGUACGCCUCCGAACGCUACGCGGCGAAUCAUUUGCUCCUUGGAGUCUGUGACAAGCUCCACAAGCUCUACUCGGUUGGUAGUGGUCCCUUGGUGCCCCUGAGGUCGGUCGGCCUGAACGCUGUCAACGCCCUUAGGCCCCUCAAGUCCUUCUUCAUGAACCAGGCCGCCGGAAACGGGAUCAAGGUCUUCUAA